UAUCCAACUUUUGCUUAGCAAUAUAAAUAAUAAUAAUAAGAGUGAUCGUAAUAUGGCAGGCACGUCAGCUGAUACAAUUACCAUUCUUAGUAUUGAUGGAGGAGGAGUUAGAGGGAUCAUCCCUGGGGUCAUUCUUGAUUUCCUUGAAUCCAAACUUAAGGAAUACGGUGGCGAGAAUACAAGGCUGGCAGACUACUUUGAUGUGAUCUCAGGGACAAGCACCGGUGGUCUCAUUGCAGCAAUGAUAUCAACACCCAACCACCAAAAACGGCCUUUGUAUGACGCCAAUCAGAUUGUCCCUUUCUACAAACGGGAAUGCCCAAAAAUAUUCAAAAAGAAGUCAUGCAUAUUAUGUCAUUCGUCAUAUGAAAACUGUCAUUCAGAAGACUGUCAUGAAAUGUACCUGAAAAUGUUAACAGAUGCAGCAGCUUCCCAUGGAAACGAGAAUAAUAAGAAAGUUUUAUUAGGGUCAACGUAUGAUGGUGGAUACAUUCAAAAAUUGGCUAGUGACAUCCUUGGGGAUAAGCGUCUGAGCAAUACUCUGACAAAUCUAGUCAUUCCUGCAUACGACAUCAAGAAACUCUCACCUGUUGUCUUCUCCUCUUAUGAGGUGGAUAAUGGAAAUGAAGAAUUGGAUGCUCUUUUAUCAGAUAUCUGCAUUAGCACCUCUGCAGCACCAACUUACCUUCCAGCUUAUCAGUUCUUCAACAAAAAUACAGAAUUCAACAUGAUUGAUGGAGGGGUUGCCGCUAAUAAUCCAACUGCAGCUGCGAUUACGGAAGUUGUGAAAAAAAGGGCAAAAGUUCAUUUAGAAAAAGGAAAAAGAAAAGGAAAGGGGAAAAGAAAAAGGGGAGAAGAAGAAGAGAGUGACUUGAUAAAUUCUUCUCGUCUUCUUGUACUCUCCUUAGGAACAGGAGCCGAUAAGAGUGUGGGGAAGUACAAUGCUAAAAUGGUUAAUAGUUGGUCGGCUAUUAAUUGGAUACAAAACCCACCCUGGAAUUUCUGGAGUGCGGAUCGUCCAAUCAUUGAUUUCAUGUCUGACGCAAACGCAGAUAUGAUUGAUCACUACAGCACAAUGUUUUUUGAUUCAUCUCUUCAUCCUGAAAAUUUCCUUCGUAUUCAGGAUUCAAAGUUGCCAGAGGAACUUGCUGCCAUGGAUAACGCUGACCCAGCAAAUUUGGAUAAACUGGAGCAAUACGCCAAAGACUUGCUGAAUAAGCCAGUUACAAGCCUGAAUCUAGCUACCUUUCAACGUAUUAUUGUGAAUGAAAAUGACACUUACCAAGUAGCACUUGGAAAGUUCGCAAAAAAGCUUAUUGCCAUAAAGAAAAAUCGAGCUAAAAAGUCGAGGGAAAUUAGCCGACUCACAAGGCUACGCAGUGGCGCUGUAUUAAAAUAAAGUGUUAAUUAGAGCUCAACAUGGUCUGCUAUUUGUUGAGUCUAAUAAAUUACACAGAGUUCGAUUUACUAUAAGUGUGUCGUUUGGUUUAUGAUGUAAUAAUUUCAAUGAAAGUCCACAUGUGUAAUAAAGUAGUACAAUUGUCUUAUUUGAAACAAUAUAUUUUAUUGUAUUUUAUAUUUAUAUAA